AUGAUUGCUUUGCUCGCGCGCAUCUUCACGCUCGCGACACUCCUUUUAUACGUUUUCGCGGACCGAGAAGCUUACUGGCGCAGCCAGAGGUAUAAAGCCGGCCACGAUGGGCCGUUCCCGGUGCAGCGGUACUCGUCGAAGGGGGUGCAAGGUCCGAUUUUAAAUUACUGGCAGCGCAGCGAGGCGUGCAGUGAUGGGUACGUGAUGCUUGCGCCGCGUGGACCGGCGGUUCGAAAGCCUGGGCCGAUGAUUUUGGAUUCCGAGGGCCACUUGGUUUGGUUUAAGGAGUAUGAUUCUUGGGUUACGUUAAAUCUCAAUCUUAAUUCGCAUUAUGAACAAGUCUACAAGAUUGACGGUGUAGAUGGGUUGGAUGUUGAUAUUCACGAGUUUCAAAUUACGCAAGAUGACACGGCGGUCUUCAUUGCCUAUGCUAUUACUCCCGCUGAUCUGCGCGAUGUAGGCGGGCUCGAGAAUGGAUGGAUCUGGGACGGUAUCUUCGUGGAAGUAGACGUCGAGUCGAACGAGAUACUCUUCGAAUGGCGCGCCUCGGAGCAUUUCGCUUUCACUGAAGUCGAGCGAGACCGCGAAGGAAAUGGUGAUAGCGAAGACCAGCCAUGGGACUUCUUCCAUAUUAACAGUGUUGAUAAAGACGAGAUGGGUAGUUUUCUCGUCUCGUCCAGAUACAUGAACAGUCUGGCAUAUGUCGAUGGUCAAACAGGUGAGAUCAUUUGGAAAUUGGGUGGAAAACGCAACUCGUUCGUCGAUUUAUCCGGUGGCGCGGCGACCAAUUUCAGUUGGCAGCAUCACGCCCGCUUUCAACCUGACUACUCGACCUCUAAAACAAGAGCAAUCACCAUCUUCGACAACUCUUCUCGCGGGCAAGGUGCCCCCGAGAAUCCGAGCCGCGGUCUGUUCAUCGAUAUUGAUGAAAGAGAUAUGACAGCCUCCGUCCGCCACCAAUAUUGGAACCCACUGCCGAUCAGCAGUCAAUCCCAGGGCUCAGUACAAAUCCUUGACAACGGAAAUGUGCUCGUCGGGUACGGCUCCAGCGCCGCGUACACCGAGUUCGCGCCCGACGGCGAAGUUCUCUGCGAAGUACAUUUUGGAUCAGAGAGUUCCUUCAACACGGGUCAGGUCAUGUCGUAUCGUGUGUUCAAGCAGGACUGGUUGGAAUGGGGCAACGGAGGUGAAGACGUGGGUUUUGCAGGUGCGUCUUUGCGGAAUCAGACGAGGUCGGAGGACGAGGAACAGGUUGAGGAUUCGGAGCUGGACUUUAUUUUGGCUGUACCAAAAUCUGGGUUUGAGACUGUUGUCCACAUACCUGACGGGUGUUUAUAUACAAAGUUGAGGAUUGUCGGGCUGGAUAAGAUGGAUGCGCAUCUUGGUGCGUCGCCUUUGAUGGAUUGGGAAGAUCCGGAGAAGUUGAGGUUGGAAAUUAUGGUUUAUGAUGGGGAGCAGCAGGAUGAUCCAGAGAUACAAAGGCCAAUGUCUCUUCUUGUUAUGUUCGGGAUGGGAUUCCUGACGGCUACCGUGUUCGUGUUGAGUGUGUGGCUUGUGUGGAGGCUUAUUCCCUGCUGUGCCUGGAGACGAUUAUGCGUCAAGAACGGACAGAAUCGGAGUAUCACUGAGGGGCAUGCUACGCAUUCCGGGGAGGAACUGAAUGAACUGGACGAGCUGAGCGAUUUGGAAUUUGGGGAGCGAGCGGAGGAUCCUCUCUUGAAACGGGAAGAGUCUAAGUGA